UUUAAUGACAAAACGUCAAAUUUUGUGAUUUCAAUUAGAAAUAUUCACGAUGUCAAGUGACUUUUGGUUUGUCUAAAUUAUUUGGUAUUAUAUCUCGAAGUAGAAAAAUAUCCGUGUAUCGGAUAUGACCGAAACGAGAAAAAAAUCAUCUGAGGUAGCCAGCAACACGGUAACUGUUUUACUGGCCAAACAGGCAGAACAUCUUGUGGAUGGCCAUCGUGUCAAGGUCGUCGUCGUUGGCAGCGCGCCUAAGGGUGUUGCAGUCGCUAUAGCGAUUCUAUUCAAACGCCUCGCCUCCGAGCUCGUCCUCAUAGAUGUGAACGAGGAUCUCGCCAAGGCGGAAGCAGAAGACAUCAGCCAUGCGGCAGCAUACCUCGGCAAUCCCAGGAUUGUCGGUACCAAAGAUUAUGCUUGUGCCAGAGACGCAGCGGUAUGCGUGAUCACAGUUGGAAGCCAGUCUCGUGAAGAUCUGCAGCCGGCCGAUUAUCUAGAGCAUAAUCUGAAAAUUUUCAAGGACGUCAUUCCUAACAUUUCCAAGUACGCGCCGAACAGCGUUCUUCUCAUUCUUUCAAAGCCAGUUGACGUUCUGUCGUACGUUGCUAUGAAGCUGUCUGGAUUUCCCCCAAAUCGUGUUAUAGGAUUAGGAACGUUUUUAGACAGCUGCAGAUUUCAGUAUUUUAUCGCUCAAAAACUCGGAAUUUCAGCAAAUGCGAUUCAAGCGUUAAUCAUUGGCGAGAGCGGACCAGCUUCCGAAUACCAACAGCAGGAGAGUCAAGAAAACAAAAAUUUUGUUCUUACUCAUUUCAUACAGAUACCAGAUAGACCGCAAUGUCCAGAAAAUCAACGAUUGGAUAAACAUGGAAUAUGUCGAACAGUGAAAAUGACAACAAUAAAGGAUCAACUUUUAACUACUGUGACAGAAUCGGUGUCAACCGGUAGAAAUAAAAUCACAGUGGUCGGUGUCGGUCAAGUUGGAAUGGCCUGUGCUUUUAGUAUUUUGACAAAUCAUGUUUCGAGCGAUGUAGUAUUAAUUGAUGUGAUGGCGGACAAACUGAAAGGAGAAAUGUUAGACUUGCAGCAUGGCAGUUCGUUUAUGAAAAAUGCAAAAGUGAGUGCCAGCACAGAUUAUGCCGUAUCCGCGAACUCGAGCCUCUGCAUUGUGACAGCAGGUGCUCGUCAGCGCGAAGGUGAAACCAGAUUGGAUCUGGUUCAACGUAACACCGACAUUUUCAAGGGCAUUAUACCUGAAUUAGUCAAAUAUAGCCCGAACACGAUUCUCCUCAUCGUUUCCAAUCCGGUGGAUAUUUUGACUUAUGUAGCAUGGAAACUUUCCGGCUUGCCAAAGAAUAGAGUCAUUGGCAGUGGUACAAAUUUGGAUUCUGCUCGCUUCCGCUUUCUAUUGUCGCAAAAACUUAAUGUCGCACCUACGUCUUGCCACGGCUGGAUUAUCGGAGAACAUGGUGAUACCAGUGUGCCUGUAUGGUCUGGAGUUAAUGUUGCUGGAGUACGUCUACGUGAUUUAAAUGAGUAUGUGGGUACCGAUAAAGAUGAGGAACAUUGGGAUGAAUUACAUAAACAAGUGAUACAAAGCGCGUAUGAAGUUAUUAAACUAAAGGGCUAUACCUCAUGGGCAAUAGGUCUCAGUGUGUAUCAACUUGCAUCAGCUAUAGUAAGAAAUUCCAAUCAAGUGCAUGCUGUGUCUACAUUGGUUACCGAUCAUCAUGGAAUUAAGGAAGAAGUAUUCUUAUCUUUACCUUGCACACUGGGUGAAGAUGGCGUCACACACAUUGUUCAGCAGAAGCUAACAGAUGAUGAACUUGCAUCAUUGCAUACAUCUUCAGCGAUGAUGCAGAAGGUGCAAGAAGGCCUUAAAUUUUAA